CAGCCGGUGCACGCGGCCCACGGGGAACUGCAGCCCGGCCCGCGACGAGCGCGACUUGGCCUUGGCCCGCGCCUUCCCGCCCUGCUUCCCGCGCCCGGACAUGGCAGCCACUCAGCAAAUCGGCGCUCGCUCCGGAGCCGCAAAAGCCUCGAUAAGUCCCAGCCCGGCCCGCCCGGCGCCUUAUAUACAACCCGGGCGGAGCGGCAGCGCCUGCUCCGAUUGGCUGCAAGAAAGGAAUCGUUCGGCAGCCAAUGGGAAGGCGAAUUCAGAGGACGCCAAUGGCAAAGCCGGGCGCGGGGGCACGACGGGAAGGACAACCAAUAGCGACGCGCCGCUGGGAACAGCACCGCUAUAAAAGCAGCUCCCGCGGCCUCUUCGCUGUCGUCGGUCCUUUUUUUCGUAGUUCGUGUGUGCUGAGAGUCGCGCGUUCGCAGCCAUGCCCGAGCCGGCCAAGUCCGCGCCCGCGCCCAAGAAGGGCUCCAAGAAGGCGGUCACUAAGACGCAGAAGAAGGGCGACAAGAAGCGCAAGAAGAGCCGCAAGGAGAGCUACUCCAUCUACGUGUACAAGGUGCUGAAGCAGGUGCACCCCGACACGGGCAUCUCCUCCAAGGCCAUGGGCAUCAUGAACUCCUUCGUCAACGACAUCUUCGAGCGCAUCGCCGGCGAGGCCUCCCGCCUGGCGCACUACAACAAGCGCUCCACCAUCACGUCGCGGGAGAUCCAGACGGCCGUGCGGCUGCUGCUGCCUGGCGAGCUGGCCAAGCACGCCGUCUCCGAGGGCACCAAGGCUGUCACCAAGUACACCAGCUCCAAGUAAGCUGCCUCUGCAGCCCCCCCGUGCCAGAUCUCCUUGACCCAAAGGCUCUUUUAAGAGCCACCCACCUUUUCAAUAAAAGAGCUGAUGCUGUUCUCAUUUAUUCUGUGUUACCCCAGGGUUUUUUUCGGGAAAAAAGCAGUAACAGUGAAAUCAAUAUAAAGUAUAAGGAAAGCGGGCUGUCACUUGCUUGUAAUAAUGUGUUGUGUAGCAUCUGCCUGAGCGGAGCAGAGAACGUUCA